AUGGCGCCGCAGCCUGGCGCCCCGCCAGUCACGAACCGCAGCAUCCCCAUCGAGUACCCGACCAACCCCGACUGCAUGGUCGACGAUCACAUGGUUCCGUUUAAGGAGCGCGGACUUCGUGGCAAGGCAGGCAGCGCCCCUCCUCUGGACCUCGACAAGGGAUCCCGUGGUCUCGUCCGCAUUCCAGGCCGUAUGGGAAGCCUGAUCAUGGGGCACAAUGGACCAACGGUGGGGAAGAAGAAGGAAAUGUCGAAAAAGUUUUGGUUCCAGAUGGUGUACUGCGAGUGGAGCUCUAUGGACGACCUCCUCGCCCGUCUACAGGCUCUGCAGCCGACGCGUGCCGAGGACGAGUUGGCAAAGCUCAGGCGGCGAGCCGCAGAGGACGACGAUAUCGAGGUGGGAACGUCAACACUGUCUCUGAAGGACCCGCUCUCUGGUAUGCGCAUCACCAAACCCGUUCGCUCCUCCAAGUGCACCCACCUGCAGUGCUUUGACGCGCGCUGGUGGCUUGAGUCGAACAGGAGCCACCCCCAGUGGCUUUGCCCGCACUGCAGCAAGGAGCUCAAAUUCGACGAGGUCAUCUGCGACGGCUACUUCCUCAGCAUUCUGAACGCGGUUCCCGACUCGUACGACGAAGUGGUGCUCGAGUCUAACGGAGACUGGCACACGGCCGACGAAAAGUAUGGCGGCGCGGAGUGGAUGGCUGCGAACGGAAGCGCACCUCCUCCGGCCGUCACGACGCCCGUCGUCGAGGAAAAGCCAGUCAUCAAGCGCAGCCGCUCCGCCAGUUCCGACCCUGCCGAUCGCAGCAAGAGGCGUGCGAUCGAGAUUCUCUCCGAUAGCGACGACGAGCCUGCACCCAAGGCGGUGAACGGCCACGCUAACGGCGCCGUCAGCGUCAGCGCCGCGGCGACCCCGACAUCGGCGCGCUCCACAGCCCCUCCCCAGUUGGCCGUCAUCGACCUGACGCUCUCAGACUCGGACGACGACGACGAGCCUGCGCCGCAUUUUCCCAGGCCGGGCGGGUCAUCCACGAGUCUCGGCGUCGCAGGCUCGGGAGCUCGUCCGGCGACAGUUAACAAGCUGCCCUCAGCCCGCGACGUGCCCGUGUAUGCCCAGGGCCUGCCCGCCCAUGUCCACCUCCCCCAGCCCAUCUACUCGCCCAAGACGGUGGCGCAGCCCUAUAACGCCCCCCUGCAACGGAACGACGUCCCUCCGCCCAACAAGAGGUAG